UUUUAAUUAUGACACUUAUAUUUUCGGACAUGUUUGAUGAUUCAUUUGAAGUACCUCGGAAUAUUAAAAUAAUUAUAUUUUCAAGUGUCAUUUAUGUUUUCUGCGUUUUUAAGCUAUUUAAAGGAAGUUUAUGAUUGUUAAUGUCAAAUAUCUCGGUUUAAUGAUUUGACACAAUAUCUGGAAGUUUAAUCAUAAGAAGAAACAACAGUGCCGUUUCGUAUCGUAAUUUAACUGAGAAAUGUUCAAAUGACGGGACUAUUUAUUCCAGGCUUGAUUUUUUUAUUUGCCAAGGCGGUGAAUCCUCUUACAGAAACACCCGGUUUUAUUGGAUGCUACAAAGAUAUAGCAGGAAGAACUAUUACUGAUGCUUUAAGGCAUAAAAUAAUGAAGAGAGAUGCUUAUGUAUUAGAAUGUAUCAACUAUUGUGCAAGAGCCCAUUAUAGAUACGCCGGGGCAAAGUAUCACAGGCAACACAUGAACUGUUAUUGUGGCAACAAAACACGAUAUCAUAAUGUUGAAUCAAAGUGCGAUUAUUCUUGCCCAGGCAGCGGUAAAAAGGAAUGUGCGGGAGCAGGAGAAAUAACAUUGUUUACAACUGUUUACGAUGGAAAAGACGACGAAAGUGACGGUAAAAAUGAUGAUGAAUAUAACAAUGAUGGUGACGAUGAAAAUGACGAUAAAAAUGAUGAUGAAUAUAACGAUGAAGGUGACGAUGAAAAAGACGGUGUAAAUGACGAUGGAAACACAACUCCAAUUAUCAUAUCUGUCAUAAUCCUUGUAGUCAUAGCAACUGGGGCUGUCAUUUUCUGGAAAAAAUGGCAAAGAUGUCAUAAUGACAAACAACGAUUCCCUGAAGUAAAGCCUGUCCAAAGAACAGCAACACAAGGAAACGCAAUGUUCCAAAAUCUUCCAGAAAUAUCAACGUCGAUUUAUUCAACCGAAACAGCUGACAACCCUUACAAUUACACAGAGAUAACAGAUUUUCAAAAUUCACCAACCAGUCCAAAACCUGUCCUUGAUGUCUCUGAAACGAUGUCAAAAGGCUUAUAUGACCGUGCUAAUUCAAGACCACCUCUAAACGCACCAAGCCAUUCGAAUUACAAUCAUAUUAUGAUCAACAAAGAUGGAUUGACUUCCGAAAACAGUUAUUCGUGUACGGAAAAUCUUCGUAGACAUGAAGUUCUUCUAUCGAGACUAGGGAAGAAUAAUGAAGGCACAUAUAACACGCUGACUGAGGAUGCCCAUAUAAAUGUAAACGGUGACUUAUAUAACCAUGCAGGUGUGAGAUUAUUUUCCACCAAUGUCAAUAAGCAUGGAAGCAAAGAAUAUUGCCAUUUAACAAGCGUGGAGAGAGAACACAAAUGAUAUAAAGAAUAUGUCGUAAUAAAAUUAAUUUGAUAAUGAUCUAUUAAAGUGGACACAAAAAGCUGUGAAAGGGUGGCACUUUUUAAGAUAUUCAUUUUUUUGUUAAGUUAGUCAAGUAAAUCUAAUCCCAAUCCAAGCCCCAGGUGUUUUGCAUUAUGUUGCAUUAAAACUGUGAUUAUUUGAAUUCCAAAACGUAUUCAAAACUGUAAAGCAAGCAUACUUGUAAAUCAAAAAGAUAUAUUGUGUUUUAUUAGCUCAAACUUUUAAUUCGUCAAUGUCCGUGUUUAUCAAAAAGGGACCAACAGUGUUCAAACCGUUACAAAUCGAAGUAUACUUAUUUUCACCUACAAUGCGGUUAAAAUAUAAUAUAAAUUUAUGUGUGCUGGUUUGCUUUUAACAUAGAGAUACUCACAUCUUUUGUAAUACUCUAUCGGUCGCUCCAUUUAACAUGCUUCCUUGGAUAUCAACCUACUGCCCUAUCAGUGUUGUGUUGGUGAGUGACAAAUGGCCAUUAAACUCAAUUUCCGAGAUCAGUUUUCACGGCGACAUUUUACCUCGGCUGAUGAUCAAAUCAUUAAAUCUGAUGCUCACAUUAUUGAGCAAGUACGCGGAAAAAACUUGCAGUAAUUGCUUACAGUUUGACAUGAACGAUCUUUUAGGACACAAUAAAAAGCAUUAGAGAUAUAACUACAAUUAUAAACAACGUUGUUUUUUUAAAUAAUAAAAUGUUAGUUAAAUAAUGGCCUUAUUUCUUAGUUAUACAAGUAUUUGGUUGAAGUUGACGGUCAUUCAAUCAAACGCUUCAAUCAAAUAAUUACUAUUAUGUUAGACAUGUGUACAUUUAUCAUACUUUAUAUAUUUCACCACGUUCAAAAUUUGAUUAAAACAGAUCUUAAACAUUUUGGUGUCAAAUCUUAGAUAAUUUAUAAGGGAAACAACACAGACAACUUUGCAGAGCCCUUCUUAGCCUGUUAUAUCAGACCCUAGCGUUGUAUUCUCUA